CUGUGCAGGGGGGCUGGGGUGGGACUUUUCCAGAGAGGGAGCCAGGCCUGGCGAGGGCCCCAGGAGCUCACGUCACCCCCACCCUCCACCCCUCACUUCUCCAGGGAACUGCCAAAGCCAAACCCAGCUCAGGACAGGAUUAUGUGUGCUGGGUAGAUCCAUGGGAGAGACGACAAGACACAGAGCUGGGGGAGCAGAGGGAAGCAGAGUCAGAGAGGAGAGGAAAGGGGACCCCGAAGCAGAGAAGGGACGGGCGGUGACCGUCACCCUCAGCUCUCCUCCCUUCAACCUCAAGUCACUGCGUCAGGCAGAGGGGAAGGUUUGGGUGGAACUUGGGCCCUUCUCUGGAACCACUACCUCCCGCCCCCUCCAUCAGGGUGGAGUUACUGACCUCAGUGGUCAGCCCAGCCAACAGCAACCCCCUCCCCAACCCCAAGCAGCUGGGGUGACCCUGCAGGUCAGGCUCAACCAUUGUGAUCCUGCCCUCAGAUUCCCAAGUCCUAGGGUCUCGGGAGGGAGUGGGCUGACGGUUGCUAUCCCCAAGCACAUUCCUGCCCUUCCCGCUGUCAUUUCCCGGCCCCUGAGCUGGCCCACCUCGGCACUGGCUCCUUGGACUCCUUUCCCGGGUGCCUUUCAGAUCCAACAGAAACAUUUUUUUUUCCUGGAAAGCAUAACUAAGAGUGGGAUGAAGAGUGGGGGUGGGGAGGGCUGGUACUGAACAGGAAGGGGCUGGAGGGCCAUGGGGGAGCCAUAGGAAUGUCAGGCUUUGAGUCCGGGGAGGGCUCCAAGCGCCACUUUCCUGAUUGAUCAACUAGACUUCGGGACGGACGCCUGGGCUCUUCGGAAUGGCAGGCCUGUGGCUGGGGAGUGGCGGCAGCUAUGGCUGCAUCUUUCCUUCCCAGGUUCCCCCCCCAUCCCGUCCAUCACUGUCACCCCUGAAAUAAGCUCUCAUUGAGCCAGUGCUGGACGCUGGCCCCUAAAGGGAGGUUAAAUGGAAAUGGGAACAUCACCUGCUUCUCUAGAGAUUAAGCCAUCAGCCCACUUAGUUGAUCCCACUUCGUUCAAGGCAGGCAGACCUGUGCCUCAGUUUCAGAAGCAGCUUAGCUAAGAAGGGAAGAGACUGGGAGGCAGGUCGGAAACAGAAAGCCCACGGGUUUCUUGUCAGCUCCUCAAGGGGGCGCCUGGCCUGUCUUCCCCGGAGCCUCCCUCCUCCCCCGGGACCUCCAGGAGAGCAGGCGUGGGAGCCAAGGGAAGACCAUCCUAAGAAAGACGCAUGGGCCCGAGCUGGCCCAGGAACAGUUCCUAGCUGGGACGAGGGAGGAGCUGAGGAGUUCCUAUGGGGCUGGGGGAGGAGGCUGAGUCUGAGCCCUCCACCCUCUGGCCUCAGCAGCUGGACAAGGGCGCAUGCCUUCUCACGCUCACCCUUAGGAUCAUAAGGGGAUGGGCCAGUCUCCCCCCUCCCACAUCCUCACUUCGAGAUGACCUUCUGCGGAGUCAUCCCUCUCAACCCCAAGCUUUCUGGAGUAACCACCAGGCUUCUGUCCCUGCAGCGAGCAGCCCCUCCGCGCCCAGAUGACUGAAUAGUGUGUUUACUUCCGUCCCCUCCUCCUUCGCCCCAUAGAGGAGGAGUGAUGGAGAAGUGGGCAGGCAGGCCCCCGUUUGGUUUGGUGCUGCUUCUGUCCCUCCCUCAGCUCUGCCUGGACCAGGAGGUGAGCCAGGGACCAGAGGCUGUGAUCCCUGCAUCUCCCCUGACCUCCCACCCACUUCUCCAGGUGUUGUCUGGACACGCUCUUCACACCCCCCCUGAGGACGGCCAGGGCCCUGAGGGCGUCUGGGGUCCUUGGGACCAGUGGGCCUCUUGCUCCCAGCCAUGUGGGGUGGGGGUGCAGCACAGGAGCCGGACUUGUCAGCUCCCUGCAGCUCAACUCCACCAGGGCCCACCCUUCCCGUCCCGGCCCCCAAGACAUCCAGAAAUCUCGCUCUCCCAAAGUCAGGGCCCCAGACCCCAAACUCCCCAAGAAACUCUCCCCCUGUACAGGCCACAGCCUCAGGGAAGAGGUGGCCCACUGCGAGGUCCUGCUUCCCAGUUAGGGAGAGAGGAGGCCCAGGAGACUCCAGGAGCCAGGAGGUCCCGGGUUCGAGACCCCAUCAAGCCAGGAAUGUUUGGUUACGGGAGGGUGCCCUUUGCUUUGCCACUCCAUCGGAACCGCCGGCACCGCCAGAGACCACGCAGAUCCGAGCUCUCCCAGACCUCAGAGCUGCUUCCCUCCCUGACUCCAGGAGCAGAGCCAUCCUCUGCAAACCACACCCCUCAAACUCACUUCCCUCCUGUGCAACCAGCUGCUCACACCCUGUCCCCCGCUGCAGAACCCCCAGGCCCUGAGGCUGCUCGGACAGAGGUGCCUUCGAGAACCAGGCCCCCUCCCAGGGCUCAGGCCUCUGGCAAAGAGCCCCCCUCGUUUAUCCCCUCCCCAGGAGAAAUUGUCUCCUUCCAUGUGUCCCCUCAGCCAAGAAUGCCAAGUUCCCAGGGUUGGGCCAGUCCCCAGGUGGCAGAGAGACACCCAAAUCCUUUCCUUUCUGUCCCUCGGGGCUGGGGCCGGGGCCGAGGCCAACAGAGCCGGGAGCACUGGCGAUCUGGGGGGAAUCGCCCCAGGUCCCCCGCAGAGUCUGCCCCUGGAUACCCGGAUGGCUGGUUGCCUCUGCUAAGGGCCGGCCCCCACGCCAGCUCCCAGUGGAGCCUCUUUGCUCCCAGUAGCCCCGUCCCAAGAUGUUCUGGGGAGAGUGAGCAGCUGAGAGCCUGCAGCCACGCGCCCUGCCCCCCUGAGCAUCCAGACCCCCGGGCCCUGCAGUGUGCAGCCUUUGACUCCCAGGAGUUCAUGGGCCAGCUGUACCAGUGGGAGCCCUUCACAGAAGUCCAGGGAUCCCAACGCUGUGAACUGAACUGCCGUCCCCGGGGCUUCCGCUUCUAUGUCCGUCACACUGAGAAGGUCCAGGACGGGACCCUGUGUCAGCCAGGAGCCCUGGACAUGUGUGUGGCCGGACGCUGUUUGAGCCCAGGCUGUGACGGGAUCCUCGGCUCUGGCCGGCGUCCAGAUGGCUGUGGAGUCUGUGGGGGUGACGAUUCCACCUGCCACCUCGUCUCGGGGAACCUCACUGACCGCGGGGGCCCUCUGGGUUAUCAGAAGAUCCUGCGGAUUCCGGCCGGAGCCUCCCAGCUCCAGAUCGCCCAGCUCCGGCCCAGCUCCAACUACCUGGCACUUCGAGGCCCUGGGGGCCGGUCCAUCAUCAAUGGAAACUGGGCUGUGGAUCCCCCGGGGUCCUACGCCGCCGGUGGGACUGUCUUCCAGUACAACCGGCCUCCUCGGGAGGAGGGUGCCGGGGAGAGCCUGUCCGCCGACGGCCCCACCACCCAGCCCGUGGACGUCUACAUGAUCUUUCAGGAGGAAAACCCGGGUGUUUCUUAUCAGUAUGUCAUCUCCUCACCUCCUCCGAGCCCCGAGAGCCCCGCUGCAGAGCCCCCCGUCCCCCAGCUCCAGCCGGAGGUUUUCAGGAUGGAGCCCCCACCUGCGUCAGCGCCCCGCCCCACCCGGACCCCCGGCACCCUCCAGCGCCAGGUGCGGAUCCCCCAGGUGCCUGCCCCACCCCACCCCAGGACACCCCUGGGGUCUCCCGCCGGAUUCUGGAAACGAGUGGGACACUCCGAGUGCUCAGCAUCCUGUGGGAAAGGCGUUUGGAGCCCCAUCUUCCUCUGCAUUUCUCGUGAGUCGGGAGAGGAACUGGAUGAGCGCAGCUGUGCUGUGGGCACCAGACCCCCAGUCUCUCUGGAGCCCUGCCACGGCCCCCCGUGCCCCCCAUACUGGGAGGCCGGCGAGUGGACGUCCUGCAGCCGCUCCUGUGGCCCCGGCACCCAGCACCGCCAGCUACGCUGCCGGCAGGAGUUUGGGGGGGGUGGCUCCUCAGUGCCCCCUGAACGCUGUGGACACCUCCCCCGGCCCAACAUCACCCAACCCUGCCAGCUGCGCCUCUGUGGCCACUGGGAGGUCCGUUCCCCCUGGAGCCAGUGUUCUGUGCGCUGUGGGCGCGGCCAGAGGAGCCGGCAGGUUCGCUGUGUCGGAAACAAUGGUGAUGAAGUGAGCGAACGGGAGUGCGCCUCAGGACCCCCGCGGCCCCCCAGCAAAGAGGCCUGUGACAUGGGGCCCUGUACCAUGGCCUGGUUCCACAGCGACUGGAGCUCCAAGUGCUCGGCCGAGUGUGGGACGGGAAUCCAGCGGCGUUCUGUGGUCUGCCUCGGGAGUGGGGAGACCCGUGGGGCAGGCCAGGAGGAAGCAGGAGUGGGAACCAGUGAGCAGAGCUGUGCCCCAGGAAGCCGCCCCCCUGACAUGCGUGCCUGCAGCUUGGGCCCCUGUGAGAGGACAUGGUGCUGGUACACGGGGCCCUGGGCGGAGUGCUCCUCAGAUUGUGGCUCAGGCACACAGCGUAGAGAUGUCAUCUGUGUGUCCAAACUGGGGACUGAGUUCAACGUGACUUCUCCCAGCAACUGUUCCCACCUGCCCAGGCCCCCUGCCCUGCAGCCCUGUCAGGGGCAGGACUGCCAGGACCGAUGGUUUUCUACCCCCUGGAGUCCGUGUUCUCGCUCCUGCCAGGGUGGUGUGCAGACCAGGGAGGUCCAGUGCCUGACUGCCAACCAGACUCUCAGCACCCGCUGCCCUGUCCAUCUGCGGCCCUCCCGGAAGCGGCCCUGUAACAGCCAGCCCUGCAGCCAGCGCCCUGAUGACCAAUGCAAGGACAGCUCUCCACACUGCCCCCUGGUGGUCCAGGCCCGGCUCUGCGUCUAUCCCUACUACACAGCCACCUGUUGCCGCUCUUGUGCCCAUGCCCUGGAGCGGUCUCCCCCGGAGCCCGCCUGAAAUGGGUCCAGGAGAACCUCUCCUCAAGGUUUCUCAUGCCACCGUCGGUCACCCAUCAGUCUGCUCGCUUUGUACCCUCUGGCUCUCCAGUCUGUCCUAGUCUCACCAGGGAUGUCCCCCAGGGUGGUUGAAGGAGGCAGGAUGUGGUGGUGUGAUGGUGUGUGUGCAUGUAUGUCCCCAAAUGUGCAUCUGGACCUGCAUGGGCGUGUGUACACUCAAAAGUGUGUGUCACUUCUCACAAAGAAGUUAGACUGUGAAGGAAGGGGGAGGGGGCGAUGGCGGUUUCCCUGAGACACUUCUAGGCUGAGAGGAAAGCACGUUUGCAGCUCCUUAGUAAUCUGAGCUGCUUAGUGACUGCCCGCCCCCCAUCAAUUCCAACUUUGUGCCCUAAACCUCAGUUCUCAUGGUCAGGCCUCCCUCUUCUAAACCACCCUUUUGUCCUCAGACCCCUUCCCCCCUUACCUGGUCUCUCUAUCGCACCCCUCAUAAUUAAUUAGCUAGGGGUGCGGGUCAGCCCCUGCCAAGCUUGUCUUACCCCAGGAAAAGUGACUAACUUCCCAGAACCGGGACCAGCUGGGCAGAGGAUGGAAAGAGAAAGGUUAGAAUAAGGCCACCUAGCCCCUGCUCCUGCUUCCCACCUCCUGAAAUGGCCCCCGCCCCAGAACUAAUUUAUUUUUUAUUAAAGAAGAUUAUAUGACAAAUGAGAAACAGGCUCUUUAAUGUCUUCAUGGAAACCCAGCCAUAUGAGCCCCCUACACAAGCAGAGUCCGGUCAGAAUGAAGGGUGAGAAGAGGAAACAGCACUCAGCCGUGUGUGGGGCAGGAGGAGCCCAGGUGGAGAGAAUCUGGGCCCAGAAAGGCUCAUUGGUGAGCCCCCAUCACCUGAGAGCAGAAGCCUGGGUCCCAGGGCCAGGAUCCUGGCCAGCCACAGCCCCUGCAGAUUGGUCAUUGGCCACUAGAGGUCAUCACUUCUCCCAGUUUAGGUAUGGAGUUGGGAGCUUGGGUCCCUCGGAGGAAAAACCGCCGGGCCUGGGGUGAGUUUCCUGGUCGGCUGGGUCUUUCUGUAAAGUCUCUUGGCCUCUAAUAGCCCUACUUUCAAUUUGGGGCUGAGCUGAAAUGGCAGCUCCCUUUUCAAGGGUCUUUUUUCCUGUUCUCUCUCUUUGGCCCUGUCUUCCGGCCUCCCCCAUCCUUUCUGCUGUUACCCAUUUCCCCAUGAAGCCGUUGGUUUAUUGCUUUUCACAGGGUGUGUAUGGAGAGCGUGGGGGGAGGAAGUGAUUUCCGAGGGCCCCUCUCCCCCCUUCCCUCAGCAGAAAUGGCUGGAGGUGGAGCCUGGCCUGGCUCUAGGCAGAACUGGAUGUCCUGCCAAAGACACAUUCUUCAGAGAUGUCUCACCCCAGUCGCCGCCCUCCUGCCUCCCCCUCUCGUUUAAUCUCUCAAGGUAAAUAGCUUUGCUGGAGGUGGUGUGAGAGCCGGCAGCCUUUUCCCUGACCCCAACCGACCUGAGGGCCAAGUCCAGGUCUCCACUUCUGGAAGCAUCCCUCCCCUCCCACCCACCCACCCUGCUCUGCACCUCCACCGUCUGCCCGAGGAAGGCCAUGAAUAAAGGCCCGCAGAGACCGCUGAACUCGGCGACUCCUGUCCCUGAGCAACGCCCAGACGCCUGCUCACACGGCUGCCUUGGGACUUGGGCUCCCCCUGGGCUGGAGUGGCUGGGCAGGAAGACUUUGGACUCUACCUUGAGAGUGGGUGAGGAAGGAGGCCAAAGGGCAUGGAGGGGAAGGAAAAUAAAACCGACGUGAGCCCUGGA